UUUUAGUCAGGCAGUACGUUGGGCGCCUGGCCAGCCAGCCUGCGGGAAGAGAAGUCCUCCACUUGGCAGCCCUACUAGAAGCGCUUUACACUUUCGUCCUCUCCAGCUCAUCAUGGUGGCCUCCCGGGCAAUUGGCAGCCUCAGCCGCUUCACUGCCUUCAGGAUCCUCCGGUCCCGAGGUUAUAUUUGCCGAAACUUUACAGGGUCUUCUACUUUAUUGACCAGAACCCACAUUAAUUAUGGAGUUAAAGGGGAUGUGGCAGUUAUUCGAAUUAACUCACCCAAUUCAAAGGUAAAUACGCUGAGUAAAGAAGUGCAUUCAGAGUUCAUAGAAGUAAUGAAUGAAGUCUGGGCUAAUGAUCAAAUCAGAAGUGCCGUCCUUAUCUCAUCAAAGCCAGGCUGCUUUAUUGCAGGUGCUGAUAUCAACAUGUUAUCUGCUUGCAAGACUCCUCAAGAAGUAGCACAAAUAUCACAGGAAGCACAGAGAACAUUUGAGAAACUGGAAAAGUCCACAAAGCCUGUCGUGGCUGCCAUCAGUGGGUCCUGCUUAGGAGGAGGACUUGAGCUUGCUAUUUCAUGCCAAUACAGAAUAGCAACAAAAGAUAGAAAAACAGUAUUAGGUGCCCCUGAAGUCUUGCUGGGGAUCUUACCAGGAGCAGGAGGCACACAAAGGCUGCCCAAAAUGGUGGGUGUGCCUGCUGCUUUUGACAUUAUGCUGACUGGUAGAAACAUUCGUGCAGACAGAGCAAAGAAAAUGGGACUGGUUGACCAGUUGGUGGAACCCCUUGGACCAGGAUUAAAACCUCCAGAGGAACGAACAAUCGAAUACCUAGAAGAAGUUGCAGUUACUUUUGCCAAAGGACUAGCUGAUAAGAAGAUCUCUCCAAAGCGAGACAAGGGAUUGGUGGAAAGCAAGGUCCAAGUUGUAGUUGAGCCCUUCACCGAGGGGCCAUUUGUCAGGCAACAGAUUUAUAAAAAAGUGGAAGAAAAAGUGCGAAAGCAGACCAAAGGCCUUUAUCCUGCACCUCUGAAAAUAAUUGAUGUAGUAAAGACUGGAAUCGAACAAGGAAGCGAUGCUGGUUAUCUCUCUGAAUCUCAGAAAUUCGGAGAGCUCGCAAUGACCAAAGAAUCAAAGGCCUUGAUGGGACUUUACCAUGGUCAGGUUCUGUGUAAGAAGAAUAAAUUUGGAGUUCCACAGAAGGAAGUGAAGCAUCUGGCUAUUCUUGGUGCAGGGCUCAUGGGAGCUGGCAUUGCCCAGGUCUCUGUGGAUAAGGGGCUAAAGACUAUACUUAAAGAUGCUACGCUCACUGGGCUGGGCCGGGGACAGCAGCAAGUGUUCAAAGGG